AUGCUGCCGACUUCUCUCCCAGACGAGAAAGUGAAAUCUCUGCGAGCAUUUGCACUCACCAUUGCUCCUGCCUUGUACACAGCCUACUACGGAGGAAGCGAGGAAGUGGAGAGGUUUAUCAGUGCUGCUAUGGUACACUGGUUGGUGGUCUGGCCGGAGGAAAUCACUAUUAAAGAAUCAGACAACAUCAAGCUACUUCAAACAGCGCAAUCAGAUUUGUGGAAAAGGAUUCGACACAUCAGACAGCUGCUGAAGUCCGAACUCAACUGGAAGGCAUGGCAUUACCACACGGAAGAAUACAGCCAGGAGGAUGAUCUGUUUGCCAGCAUGCCUUGGAGAGGAGCCAUGGAACAGUUGUUGAGGGAGGAUAGUCAGUGGCAAUCAUACAAAAAAAAACUUGAAGGGCCAUAG